CGACCGGCAGUGGCCAGCCAAGCGCGGGAGGAACAAUUUCAAUGCUUGUCUAAUAUCCACGGCCUGGUGCGGGGCUGACCAGUCUUUAAAUUGAACUCAUCUCACCCUCGUUGCUUUUUGUCGGUGUGGUGGCAAGUCUUCGAUUUCAGCCUACACUUGUCAUUUUUUUCGUUCACUGUCGUGUCUGUCCAGUAAGGGAGAAUACCCUUGCAUCCUUCGAUCGGUUGUGAAAAUGCAUUUUACCUCGGUGCUGUGUGCCUUUUUGGCUGCUAUUGCUUUGACUGGUGCUUCUCCAGUUAGGAGGGUAUCUACUGGGCGCGAUGUCGCUGAUGGAGACGACAAGGUAGCCUAUACUUGGGCGGUUCCUGAAGCCCGCAAGCGUGAGGACGGCGACGACAAAGUUGCUUACACUUGGGCCGUCCCUGAAAAGCGCGACGAUGGAGAUGACAAGGUUGCCUAUACAUGGGCUGUUCCGGAAAAGCGAGAGGAUGGUGAUGACAAGGUUGCUUAUACUUGGGCUGUUCCUGAAAAGCGCGACGACGGUGAUGACAAAGUCGCAUACACUUGGGCUGUCCCCGAGAAACGAGAGGACGGUGAUGACAAGGUUGCCUAUACAUGGGCUGUUCCUGAGAAGCGCGACGACGGUGACGACAAAGUAGCCUAUACCUGGGCCGUCCCUGAGACCAGCACAUAGACUGUCCAGCACAACUCGACAACGAUUGAUUUACGAGAACAAAUGAACAUAGGAUGGGAAUUCAAGACACGGCCUGAGCCAUACCUGCUGAUAUGACAAUGACAAUGGACGCAACCCUUACGAUAGAUGUUGAUAUCUUAUUGCACUCCUUACUUUGCCUACAAAGCUAGCUUCACCUGCAUAUACUAGGAGAAUAUUAUCUGG